AUGUCAAAUAAACGAUCCCGCCUCUGGGCCGGAAUACGACGGGAAAAGGCCUCCUCAUUGGUUGCUAUUCACCCUUUCCUCUGCUAUCCCGUUUCCAUAAGGGAAGCGGGUGGUGGGCGGGGCCAAAUCUCCCGAAGGGAAGGUUCACCUGAAUACUUUAAUGCACGUGCUCUGCGUGUCGCGAUAACACGUAUCAGACCACAGAUAAAACUCGCGCACAUUAUCGUAUUUACUUACCAUUUUGUAUCUGUGAAAAUUCAUUUACUCUAUGAAAAUUUAAAAAUGGAAAAUGAGAGAGAUGUACCCAAAGAUACGUCACUCCAAACGCCCCGACCGUCGUCUCCCAGGAAAUUUUUCGCGCGCAUUUACGGUCAUUUAGAGAGUAGAACGGAGGAGAAGGAACGCCCGCUACGUACAGAGAGUGAGUCUUCAUCAGAUUUGGAGAUCGGAGACGAGAGUCCGAAAUAUCAGCAAUGGCCAGCGGCGCCGAUACCUGUGUGUCCUCGCCCUAUCUUGAUGCCGCACCAUCAGCUAGCUUUCGGUGCUGGAUUAGCCGCGUUUCUGGCCAGACGAAGACGCAAGGAGAGCCGGCCUAGAAGACAACGUACCACUUUCUCUGCACACCAGACAUUACGACUAGAGCUGGAGUACGCUAGGGGUGAAUACGUUGCACGUGCUAGAAGGUGCGAACUGGCAUCCGCGCUAUCGCUUAGCGAAACGCAAGUCAAAAUCUGGUUUCAAAACAGAAGAGCCAAAGACAAAAGGAUCGAAAAAGCACAACUGGACCAACAGUACAGGCAAUUAGCUGCUGCUUCUGGAUUCUUUCCAACAAUGCUGCCUCCGUCAUAUACAGCCCCCCCUUGUCCAUGCUUACCGGUACAGACGCCGCUGAGCACUAACAAGUAG